AUGUCAGUAGACGAAGGAGGGCGUCCACUGAUCGAUUUCGUCUCCGACGGCCGCCCUAAUGGGCCCGAUGUAGUUCCUUAUCACGCCGACCCGGCAAGUUACAGUACAGCUAUCGUCGGCGGCUCGCGUUAUUACGAUAACAGAACUUCUGAACAGAGACCUUUACUUGGCAGAUCUAGAUCACGAAUGGACAGUCACAGUGAUUCUGAAUACCAAGGAAACCAUUUCGAUGAUCCUGAAUUUACAGGCAUCAUACAUGCGGCCGAACAAGCGAUUGAUGUAGGCAUUUUGCCCGAACGAAUUUACCAGGGGUCGAGUGGAAGUUACUUUGUGAAGGACAGGGAAGGGGUAAGUUCUCAGUGAUUUUUAGUUUUUGCAGACUUAUUUAACUCCUAUCUCUACACGCCGUGGCAGACGAUAUUGAGAUCCAUAACAGACAAAUAUGGUUAAAUUUGUGGUGUGUUAUCUUACUUAAUUUUCUAAAUUAACUUAACUUUCAGUUCCGGUUUCGUUUUAUGCAAGGUCAUGGUCGCAUGUGGGCAUUGAAACAGGUUUUAUACUUUUGACAUUUUGCUUGAAAGAAUUUUUGCUGGGUGCCAUGCAAUUUCUUGCAAACAUUAUCACAUUUGUCGUUGUUAAAACUGUGGAAUUAAUAUUUAACUCAUAUAUUAUUGAUAAAUAAUAUUUACCAUUGUAUGUGAAACGCAUAGCUUAUACAUGUACAUGUUAUAUGAAUUUGUUUGUUUAUAUUAAAUUUAAGACUUAAUUGUUUCUCAUAAGUGCAUCUUGGGGGCUGUAAUUAUUAGGAACUUGCUAUCGUUUGCGUGUGAGUGCACCAAUUUUUCUUUAAGUGGUUAAAGUGCAGGCCCAGUUGUUCGAGAUAAUUGGACAGCACUAUCCACCAGAUAAAUCACUUUUCACUGAAUAAGGUUUAGAGAAUAUUUUAAUUGCAUUAUCCACUGGAGUAAGAUUAAUCCAGGAGACCGUGUUUUCCUUCUUUUCAACAAGUUGGGCCUGACCUUUUUGCUUGAUUUCUUGCCCAAAUUCCACUUCCAGCAAUAAAAACAACUGUUGUUUUGAACAAUGUACAUGUACCUUUAUGUUUUACACUGUAUUAUUUGCAGAAAAAGAUUGGUGUAUUCAAACCCAAGGAUGAGGAACCUUAUGGACACUUGAACCCUAAAUGGACAAAAUGGUGUCACAAGAUUUGUUGUCCUUGCUGUUUUGGUAGAAAUUGUUUAAUUCCAAAUCAGGGAUAUUUAUCUGAGGCAGGAGCAAGCCUGGUUGAUGGUAAACUUGGUCUUAAUGUUGUCCCUAAAACAAAGGUGAGAGCCAAUAACUACUGCCGACAGGUUAAUGCCUCUCGGUGAGGGACACAUUUUAUCAUAAAGGAUGAUGUUCAUUCAUGUUUAAUUGCUAUUUACAUAGUAAUUAUUGUGCAUUGCUUCUGAUAUUAUGACCCUAACCAUUCCUCUAAGGGGGACCUGAAAGUGUAUAUGUCAGGGAUAACCCAUAUGUCAGGGACAUCCCUGAGAUGACCUGCGGUUUUCUAAUGCAACUGGUAUUCUGCAAAAAAAAAACUAUGUGGUUUAUUGGUGUUGAAAUAGAGCAAGAGACGAGUGCACCCCCUCCUAAACAAAAUCCUGGAUCCGCCCCUGUAUGUCAUAGUUAAUUUUUUAUCUCAGUUAAUUUUUGUUUUUCUUUUGUUUUUGGUUAUGGUAAUGUAUGCUUAUGAAGUUGAAACCAAGAAAAAUAGAAAUUAUCUAAGAUAAAAGAAACGACAACAUAUACCUUCCCCCCGCCCCCCAACCCCAGCUCUUCAGAAAAUUUUUCAAUCUGGAGGCUUGGAAAUGUAAUUUUCAGUGUUCUGCACAUAAAAUUGAGUUGAAAUAUGACAGUCAAGGGCAUAAUGAAUUUGAUGUGAGAUUCAGUUAUAAUUCAACACCAGCAGUGAGAGCCAAACUGGACACUGCCACUAGGUGGCUCUUUGAAACCCUUAGCCUCAGGAGUUUAAUGACCUGUUUAAUGUCAAUGGUCGCACCUUAGACUUUUGACUACGAAUGUGCAGGUAAGCCAGUGCUUUUUUCCUCCCCCCUCCAACCCUAAAUGGGAUAUCAGUCCGUUGUGGGGUUUUCCCCUUGCCGUAUGCUAGUGGUGCCCAUUUAUACACCUGGAUUAAGAGAGGCAACAUGGAGCAAUAAUACAUAACAUUUACAAAAAAAAUAUUUAUAUAUUGUGUCAAUUUGUCUUGUCUAGGAAAAAAUAUCGUAGCAAGGCUUGAACCUGGAUUUAGGUUAAAAAGCAUAAAGUAUACAGAUUAUUAGAUUUAAAAACACUGUACUUUCUUUUUUCUUUCAGGUCGUAAGACUUGCUAGUCCAACAUUUAACUACACUGCAUUUGAUCGUGCAAAGGCAAGGUCAAAAAAGUUUGCAACAGAAAGAUUUCCAGAUACUUUAGGAAAGCAUGUUAAAGCCGGACUACCUGCUAAGGUGAGGUUUAUAGUAAGGUUACAAAGUGCCAGCAUAAAACGUUCUCAUUACAUACUCUUGGGUAUCCUGGUCACAGCAAACAAUCAAAGGACCUCUUUUUUUCAUGAUGUUGCUAAAAAGUAUAACAUGCCUGUUAUCAAUACCUGUAUUGCAUUGAGGCAAAUCCCUAGUAAAAUAACCAGAGACCUUUACACUGAUCAUUACUCUUGUUUUAGAGUACAGUCUAGUUGACAUUGUAUAUAUGUUGUGGUUCAAUUUUAUCAAUGGUUUAAAUUUUAUUUCCUUUUGUUUUUGGCAAUAAAUAUUGUUAUCAUCACAGUAUAUAAGUAACUAUAUCAGAAAAAUCAUCCAGAUGUGACAAGGUCAGUGCACAUACUGUAACAUUUCUCACAAUUGUGUCUCAAAAUGAACCAGAUUGCAUCUCAGCACAUAUUCAUUUCAGAAAAUUUCUGGAGGGCCAUGCCCGCAGACCCUCCAAGAAGCUCAUAGCCAUCUUAGAUAGAACCCUGACAACAUACCCACUCCUAAGACCUCUCGUAAAAACCUCUCUGGAAGAACUGUAGAGUCAUUCUAAAUAAGACAAUCUACACUUUCUGUUUUAUAGCAAAUUAAUCUAUGCAAGGUCCUACCAUUUUGAGUUGUAUAAAUACCUGAGUCUAAGAACUAGGAAUUAUUUAAGAACCUUCACUGGAACAUGUACACGUGUACUGCAAAUGCAGCAUUCUCAUUGGCUGAUGCACUUUCCUUUCCAUAUCUGUGACCUUAUACAUAGUGAGUAGAGAAAGCCAAAUUUUCUACUGGUCAGCAACAUAUAUCUACCAAAAGAAAACUCAAGUUUACUUCUAAUAACUGAAAAUUAGAAAUCAACAAUACAGUGUACAUGUACUUUCAAUUAUUCUUACACUUGUAGCUUGUAAGGAGCAAUAUAAAUACAGGACAGGAUACUAAUGUCUUUGGAAACUUUUUGUUUUCCAGCUUGGCUCUUUUCAGCUGUUUGUAGAGGGUUAUAAAGAUGCCGAGUUUCAUCUGAGAAAGUUUGAGGUGGAAGCACUUCCAGCUGUUACACACAAAGAAUUUAUUCUUCAGUUUCAAAAACUUGUCUGUCUAGAUUAUAUUAUUAGAAAUACAGGUAAAUACAAUAAUUUGCUCUGCAAUAUAAAACUAUUUUACAAAAUUCAAAGUGCUGCAAAAAGCAUAAGUAUCAUUAGAUACAUCAGUAUUGUCAAGGAAGUCAUUAUCCAGGCCCCUUUUUGNUUUUUGCGUGUUUUGAUUGGCUCCGGUAACUCGGAAUAUCCUUGGCUAUUCACUGUUUUGCGACUGGAGCCAAAAUGACAUAUUGUUUCUAGACAUGUUCGGAAAGACGAAAUUGGAACAAUGAAUGAAGCAGCCAUACAUACAAAUGCAGAGGAAGUGACAAGCUUUGGCUAGUCAGUGUUUACUGGUAGUUAGAAAAUUAUUUUCAUGCUGAAUUUGCAACAAAAUCAUAAAAAUGCACUUGACAAAAUCCCCAAAUAUGUGGUAAUUGUAAACAAAGUUCCUACUAAGUGACGUUUUUUAUUUACAAAAGUAACUUUUUUCGUUUUUAUCCAACUGAGUUUGGUAAAUACUAAAACAACUAUCCCCCUCAGGGUCAGUGAACAGUGCUAGAUAUAUACCUCGACGCUUCACUUCUGGGUAUAUAUCCACCACUAUUCACCUCCCCUUCAGGGGGUAGUUGUAUAUUAUUGACAAUGUUUUAAUUGAUAUUCACAAAGGUCUACCAAAUUUGGUCAGAGCUGGCUGGUUAUGAAGAAUUAGCCAGGGGAUUUGAGUCAAUCGGAAGUAGUGAAAUAUAUUGUUUCAAUGAAUAAAUUAAAUACUUUAUGAAUGAACUCUUUUGUUAACAGGGUGACUGGGAUUAUGUGGAUCCUCCCAAAAUAUAUGUGGCUGCUAUCGACAAUGGACUGGCGUUUCCUUUCAAACACCCUGACUCUUGGCGUGCUUGUAAGUAUAUUGAUUUGAAAAAAUGUUUUUCUAUGAUAAUUAUCUUUGCUGUAUAAGAAGUUCUUGGAUCAUAAAGACAAGAAAGUACAUGUAAAGUCACGUGGGCCAUAAGGCCCUGCAAGAGCUCAGCACUGGCGUACAUGUAUGUUUUGCAUUACUGUGUUCUUUUUGAAGGUGAUCUGAACUGCGGAAAUACAAAUUUAAAUGAAGAUAUGAUCAUCGCAGUGGUAAUUGCAAUUUAAGCAAUUGCAAAUUAACCCAAAAUUUCGGGACUUCAACGGGAUUCGAACCCAUGGCCUCUGCGUUAGCACUGCACCGCUCUCUACCAACUGAGCCCUGAAGACCCAUACAUUGGGAGCAGGCCAGUUUGUUGAGUUCAUCUUAACCCGUGAAAGGAAUGAACUCAACCAAUUUGCCUGCUCCCAAUGUAUGGGUCUUCAUAGCUCAGUUGGUGGAGCACUGAAGUGUUAACGCAGAGGCCAUGGGUUCGAAUCCCGUUAAAGUCCCAAAAUAUUUUCGGGUUAAUUUGCAAUUGCUUAAAUUGCAAUUGUGUGUUUUCACAUGACGUCAUGGCAGCCAUAUUUGUGUCCCCAAAAAAUAAAACGGCUGCCAUGUUUGUGUCCCAAACCAGUCCUGUGGGAGUUGAACUCUUUUCUUAUGUGAACGCUUUCUUUUGUUCCAAUAAAUUUGCAUAGAUGCUGGAAACGUGAGUGAAAACACAGAAUUACCACUGCGACGAUCAUAUCUUCAUUUAAACAUAUCCCUUUUAUCUCGCAGAUCCAUUUCACUGGGCAUGGCUAACACAAGCUAAAGAGCCAUUUUUGGAGGAGAUAUGUGAGCUUAUUUUACCGCUUCUUUCCGAUAUGAAUUUUGUACAGGAUCUAACGGAUGAUCUUUACCUUCUUUUUCGGGUAUGUACUCGGCAAGAUUAUAUUGGGUAGAAAAGUUUGAAUAGAAAUAAAGUAACAUGUCUUUUUCAACUAAUAGUCAUUACUGUCUUUUUUUUUUCCUUAACAGGAGGAUAAGGGCUUUGAUAAAUCUUUGUUUGAACGCCAAAUGUCAGUGCUACGGGGACAGGUAAGGUAUAUUUUUUCCUGUAUUAAUUUCCAGUCAUUAAAACACGACUACAAAAAAAUAGAGGCACGUCCUCAUGACGUCCUACAGGAAGUCAUUCAAUAUUAUUGACUGUGGCACAGGUCGCACUUGGGAAAAGUUUUCAUCUUUGCCGGCUAAAAAACCACGAAAAUUCGAAACCGCAACCGGAAAAGAAAACUUUUAGUCAAAUCGAGGAGGGUCGCACUAGUAUUUACUAGUGGGAGUUAAUUGUCGUUGUUUUGACACAUUGAGAACUAAAGUAGGCCAGAUACCAGAGAACAUUAUCUCUUCGCAGUGCGAUCAUUUGGCGUAGGAUCGUUUUCCUCCUUUCCCAGUUUCAGGAGGAUGGGAGAAAUAAAGAAAAUAAAGUGCUUGGCUGCAAAGACUGCAUUUAGCUCGCAGAAUAACAAACCUGUGACGGUGCCUGGGUAGACUAUAAUUGGCUCGCCUGUAGAGAGUUCCCGUAAAAACGUUGAAAUAGCGAAGGAUUACAAGCUUAUGAAUUGCUCGCCCGUAGAAAGUUUUCGCAAAAACGUUAAAAUGGCGAAAAUUAGUGGUAGCCUCGUCCGUCCACAACGAAAACGCGAAGGUCAGAAAAUUUCAACGAUUGAUUCAAAUUGAUCGUGUUUCAAAUUGGUCACGUUUCGCUGACAAGUGCUGACACUUACCGCCGUGAUUCCUAUUGUUUAGCUCGAGUUUUCCAAAAUCUGCCUGCCCCACCCAAGCACUUCGGCAUCUUUGAUGUUUUUCUGUUUCGCAAAGUUUUUUUCCAACCGGAAAACUUGGGGUCGCACUUGGCAAUGUCUCCUGAUGACAGAUUUCUACCGCAAGGUAAACAAAUUUUUCCAAAACUUUGCCAAGUGCGACCCAUGCCUCUCACUGAGAAUUUUCCAAAUAUACUUCAAUUUAUUCUUGUAGGAUUAGCAACAGAUUUAGUAAAAUAAGGCGGUUCAUUUUUCUUUUCAUUUUCCGCCUUUUUACCCUUCAUCAUCUUGACGAUUGUUAUAUUUACAUUGUACACUUAUAUUGUACACAUUGUAAACGCCUGCGAAUCUGACCAGAGCAACAUUGAUGCGUUGCAACUUUCACGGAAACUGUUUCUGGUCCGUAGCUAGUUGUUAUGGAUUUUUUUGUUUCCUCAAGACUUACUCGUCUUAGGUGUGCGUAAUUGGGUCUACAACGUUAAACAUCUUGUCAGGUUCACGUCAACUAAGCUAACCUCUCUCUUCCUUUCUGUGAUUUUCUGUCUCAUUAUUUUCAGAUCUUAAACUUAACUCAAGCUCUGCGAGACAAGAAAUCUCCUCUUCAGCUUGUACAGAUGCCUGUUGUUAUUGUAGAAAGAAAGAAAGUCGACGCUGGAGAUAGGUUGAGAAGCCAGAGUCAUGCCUUUACUCAAAGCUUCCAGCAUCGCUCGCCGUUCUUCUCCUGGUGCUAA